AUGGGAAAUGCGGAGUGGUCUGUGCCCCGCUUCGGCUUAGACCCCCUGGACCCAACUUCAUCACCUCCGGAUUCUCUCAUCGAACUCCGCAUAGUCAAGAGAUACCAGCACCUUAGGACCCAACCACUAACAUCUACACUAAGGCCGAUCAGGGUUGGUCGCAUCGGUAGCUUCACGCCAUCUCGUCAUCCGCCCUCCAUCCUCCUCCCCCCCCUCUUCAACCUUCGACCAUUCCUAGCCCAGCGCUUCCUGGUCCAAUCACUUCAAACCACUGUCUCAGCUACGAUCGCCCACUCCAUCCCUCUUCCAAGUUGA